AUGGCGACGAUGCUGGCGGUGCGGCGCCGUGCGGUGUGCGCCCUGGCGCUCCUCGCGCUGCUCUGCGGCUGCGGCUGCGGGGCGACCGGGGAUGUGAAUGUGCCGGUGGAGGUGUCGUGCCUGAACACUAACGGCAAGUUGAGUUGGCGCGUUGCCGGCGGGAAACCGUCUACUUGGAGGGAGUGUCCUCAGGCAGUGAAGGAUUUUGGGGGGCAGUGGAGGCGAUGCUGGCAGCAAUUCCCUCUGCAUCUUUGCCGGUUCGGUGUACCUGGAGAAGUUCUCGAAUGGGAACUGCCCUGCAUCUCAGCCAACGGAGGGCGCAGACGCUGUUGCGUUCACGAUGCCCUGUACGGCGGCUAA